AUGGAGAAGCCUGUGGAGUUGGAGUUGCUUGAAAUAUUAGAGGAUUUGUCAAAAGAGCAACUGAAAUACUUCCAGUGGUUCCUGCAGAAGGAAGCGUUGCUGGAUGGAUUUUUAGCUAUCAAAAAGAGACACAUGGAGGAUGCAGACAGGCUGGUGACAGUAGAUCUGAUGGUGCAGAUGUAUGGUGAAGGCACUCUAGAGCAUGAAGACAUCUUUAAAGCCUCACCUGGAAGAGAUGAACCAAUCAGAACAGUGAUGACAAAGGGAGUGGCUGGCAUUGGGAAAACAGUCUUAACACAGAAGUUCACUCUGGACUGGGCUGAAGACAAAGCCAACCAGGACAUACACUUCAUAUUUCCAUUCGCUUUCAGAGAGCUGAAUGUGGUGAAAGAGAAAAAGUACAGCUUGGUGGAACUUGUUCAUCACUUCUUUACUGAAACCAAAGAAGCAGGAAUCUGCAGGUUUGAAGAGUUCCAGGUUGUGUUCAUCUUUGACGGUCUGGAUGAGUGUCGACUUCCUCUGGACUUCCACAACAAUGAGAUCCUGACUGAUGUUACAGAGUCCACCUCAGUGGAUGUGCUGCUGACAAACCUCAUCAGGGGGAAACUGCUUCCCUCUGCUCGCCUCUGGAUAACCACACGACCUGCAGCAGCCAAUCAGAUCCCUCCUGAGUGUCUUGACAUGGUGACAGAGGUCAGUGGGUUCACUAACCCACAGAAGGAGGAGUACUUCAGCAGGAGAUUCGGAGAUAAGGAGCAGGCCAGCACCAUCAUCUCCCACAUCAAGACAUCAAGAAGCCUCCACAUCAUGUGCCACAUCCCAGUCUUCUGCUGGAUCACUGCUACAGUUCUGGAGUGCACCUUGAAGACCAGUGAGAGUGAAAAGUUGCCGAAGACCCUUACUGAGAUGUACCUCCGCCUUGUGGUGGUUCAGUCCAAACUGAAGAACAUCAAAUAUGAUGGAGGAGCUGGGAAAGGUCUAACCUGGAAUGAAGAAGACAGGAAGUUGAUACUUGUACUGGCAAAACUGGCUUUUGAGCAGCUGCAGAAAGGCAACCUGAUCUUCUAUGAAUCAGACCUGACAGAGUGUGGCAUCGAUAUCAGAGCAGCCUCAGUGUACUCAGGAGUGUUCACACAGGUCUUUAAAGUGGAGGACUGUGGAAUGUUUGAAGAAAAGGUGUUCUGCUUCGUCCAUCUGAGCAUUCAGGAGUUUCUGGCUGCUCUUCAUGUCCAUCUGACAUUCAUCAAGUCUGGAGUCAAUCUGCUGACAGGAGAACAAACAUCAUGGUGGUCUGAAGUGUUCAUAGACAAACCAACACGUUUCUACCAGAGUGCUGUGGACGAGGCCUUAAAGAGUCCAAAUGGACACCUGGACUUGUUCCUCCGCUUCCUUCUGGGUCUUUCACUGCAGACCAAUCAGACUCUCCUACGAGGCCUGCUGACACAGACAGGAAGUAGCUCACAGACCAAUCAGAAAACAGUUCAGUACAUCAAGAAGAAGAUCAGUGAGAAUCUGUCUGCAGAGAGAAGCAUCAAUCUGUUCCACUGUCUGAAUGAACUGAAGGAUCGUUCUCUAGUGGAGGAGAUCCAACAGUCCCUGAGAUCAGGAAGUCUCUCCACAGAUAAACUGUCUCCUGCUCAGUGGUCAGCUCUGGUCUUCAUCUUACUGUCAUCAGAAAAAGAUCUGGACGUGUUUGACCAGAAGCAAUACUCUGCUUCAGAGGAGGCUCUUCUGAGGCUGCUGCCAGUGGUCAAAGCCUCCAAAAAAGCUCUGUUGAGUGGCUGUAAGCUCUCAGAGAGAAGCUGUGCAGCUCUGUCCUCAGUUCUCAGCUCCCAGUCCUCUAGUCUGAGAGAUCUGGACCUGAGUAACAACAACCUGCAGGAUUCAGGAGUGAAGCAGCUUUCUACUGGACUGGAGAGUCCACAGUGUGAACUGGAAACUCUCAGCCUGUCAGGAUGUCUGAUCACAGAGGAAGGCUGUGCUUCUCUGGCCUCAGCUCUGAGCUCCAACCCCUCCCAUCUGAGAGAGCUGGACCUGAGCUACAAUCAUCCAGGAGACUCAGGAGAGAAGAUCCUGUCUGCUGGACUGGAGGAUCCACUCACACUGGAUCCAAACACAGCGAACAACAACCUCAAACUGUCUGAUAACAACAGGAAGGUGACAUAUGAGUGGGAGGAUCAGUCAUAUCCUGAUCAUCCAGACAGAUUUGACUGCAGUCCUCAGCUGCUGUGUGGAGACGAUCUGACUGGUCGCUGUUACUGGGAGGUUGAGUGGAGAGGAAAUGUUUCUGUAUCAGUGAGUUAUAGAAGAAUCAACAGGAGUGGAGACAGCGUUGACUCUGAGUUCGGAAAGAAUGAUCAGUCCUGGAGUCUGAACUGCUCAAACAAAAGUUACUCCGCCUGUCACAACGACAUCGGAACAUCCAUCUCCUCCUCCUUCUCCUCCUCCUCCUCCUCCUCCUCCUCCUCUGACUCUAACAGAGUAGCAGUGUAUGUGGACUGUCCUGCUGGCACUCUGUCCUUCUACAGAGUCUCCUCUGACACACUGAUGCACCUCCACACCUUCAACACCACAUUCACUGAACCUCUGUAUGCUGGGUUUGGGCUCUGGCCUGACUGGUCUAGUUCAGUGUCUCUUCCUGUUCUUCCUCCUGCUUCUUAG